AUGAUUAGGUUUAUUCUUAUACAAAAUCGAGCUGGGAAGACCCGUCUCGCAAAAUGGUACAUGAAUUUGGCAGAUACCGAAAAACAAAAACUGAUAGAGGAGGUCCAUGCUCUUGUUACCGUGCGUGACGUCAAGCAUACCAACUUUGUUGAAUUUAGAAACUUCAAAAUUGUUUACAGACGUUAUGCCGGUCUUUACUUUUGCAUAUGCAUCGACAUAAUGGAUAAUAGCCUUGCGCACCUUGAGGCUAUUCACAACUUCGUAGAGGUGCUUAAUGAGCUGUUCCACAACGUCUGUGAACUGGAUCUCGUUUUCAAUUUCUACAAAGUGUACACCGUUGUUGACGAAAUGUUUCUCGCCGGUGAGAUAAGAGAGACUAGCCAGACAAAGGUAUUAAAACAGAUGAUGUUGCUUUCUGCCCUGGAAUAG